AUGGAGUGGCUACUCGACGCAGCCUUUCGUGGUGGAUUCUUUCGGGAAGCCAAGUCGAAGCGCUUCGAGUUUCCCGACAGGGAUCCAAAAGAUUGGGAACUCAUUGUCCUAUUGACGUCUCCCUUGUCAGAGACAAAAAUCACCUUUCGCAAUGUCUUUGUGUUGGCCGAUUGGUUCAACAUCCUCGACUGUCGCGUCGGUCUCUGGCAGCGCGACGAGCUUCUAAGCGACAUUGAGAUUCCAAGAUUGUAUCCCAGUCAUCGAUGGAACGUGAACCCAAUCAAUCACUGGGCCACGUCUUUCAGUGGAAGCAGCGGCGGCGGCGACACUUUUUGA